CUAUUUGUAGCUAUUAUUUGCAAUUAGAGUGCCUGGUUAGGGCACCCUAGCACGUCCCUUAUGCUUUGUGUAGUUGUGUUCCACAGCUAAAUAUCCUUGCUUCUCUCACCCCGUUAAAAUAAUUAAGAAAAGAAAGAGAGAGUUUGUGUUUUAUGAAGAAUCGAUGCCGCGUCGUUUUUAAUCCUGCGAAUUUUUGUUAUCCCAUCCGUCUUCCGCAUUCGCCUUUCCUCUCUCUCUCUUUCCUUCGAGUAGGAGGCGCUCUAAAUUCUAAUCCACGACAACAUCUUCAAUUUCUCGUGAUCGAUCGAUUGAAAACGAUCAGUAGAUGCGUCUCACUCUCGAGUUCGGCGGUGGCCUCGAGCUUCUCUGCAACUCCGUUAAGAUCCAUCACGUCGAUGUCGACGCAAAAUCUGGAGACAAUAAGUGCGAUCCAGUUGAUUAUGAGAGACCUGCUUUCUUGGAUUAAGAGCAAUUUGAUUAAGGAGAGGCCCGAGAUGUUCAUGAAAGCAGAAUCUGUGAGACCUGGUGUUCUUGUCCUGAUAAACGACUGCGAUUGGGAACUAUGUGGCAACCUUGAUGCGGUUCUGGAAGAGAAGGAUGUGGUAGUGUUUAUCUCCACACUACAUGGUGGUUAGUGUCUAAAUUCGAGAUUAAUGAUCCAAUGGGAAUGCAUUUACUGUGACAAGUUAUGAUUUUAACUUAUCUAAUGUUCUGAACUGAAUUUGAAGAAUUACAGUUUUCACUGUUGAGAUAUAUAUAUUCAGUCCUCUGGUAUUUAUACUUGUUUCUAAUCCUGUAUUAGAGGACUGUUUGAUAUAUUGAGGAUGAUGGUUAUUAACAUAUCAUGUUAUCUAUUUACCUGGUAUGGAAAGUUGAUUUUUGUAGUCA